AUGCCGAAGAACAAGAACAAGAACAAGGCCGGCUCGCCCGGGAAGAACGAAACGGGGGGCGAGAAGAAGAGGCAGGACAAGAAGGAGGACAUCCCGCGGCCCAAGCCAAUCACGGCGAUCACCACUCCUAAGGUCGAGCGAGAGCAGAAAUGGGUCCCUGACGUCUCCGAGAAGGCACUCAAUGCCUGGAACAGAAGGACGUGGCCGUUCCCCGAGGGCGCCAUUCCGGCCGACGCCACGGUCGACAUCUUCUGGGACAUGGACAACGUGCCGAUGCUCUGGGGCGCCGGCGCGGUGAAGGACGUCACGCCGCACGACCAGUACACCACCCUGAUCAAGGUGUUCGGGGACGCGGGGCGCAUCAAGAAUGUCCGUAUCCAUGCUGUCAUCUCGGAGCGGAACUUCAGUUUCUAUGACAAGAAGACCAGGGAAGCGAUGCAGAGAUUCGUCUCGGGCGUGAACUUCAGAAAGGUCCCGGGCAGCUUUUCGGGCAAGAACGAGAUCAGCGACCGGUUCCUGUUGGACGCGAUGAACGACGUGACGGGUCGCAUGCAAGGCGCUGGAAACUGCAUUGUGCUGAUCAGCGGCGACGCUGACUUCGCUCCCGAGCUCAGGCACCUCAGGGCGGUGAAAGGUGCAAACGUUUACCUUCUAGCUCCUGAAAUCAAAGCUGACGGCACCAAGCCGCUGAGCAAAGAACUCGCCAGCAUUCCUCACUGGGGCCUGUUCUACAGGCACUUCAUGUUCUACCACCUGCACCACAAGAUCGUCCGGCCGGACGUCGAGGUGCCGAUUAAGCGCAACCAGACAGUCAAGGUCCAGGUCGAGGCGGCGCGCGAGCUGCAUGCCGAAGAGAUCAGAGCGACCAAGAUCGACAUGUUGAUCAUCAUCGACGCAACGGGAUCCAUGCGCAAGUAUAUCGACGCGGUCCGCAAGGGCAUCAAGGAGGACGUGAUAACGGCCUUCAGGAAGCGGUACCCGAGGUCGAUCGGCAACGUGCGGUAUGGCGUGCUGGCCUACCGGGACGUGACCGACCCGGCCGAGAACAACCUGGCGCACUUCGAGUCCCUGGACUUCACCACCGACGUCGAGAAGGUCGGAGAGUUCCUCGACGGCCUGAUCGCGGAGGGUGGAGGCGACGCGGCGGAGGACGUCCUCGGUGCGAUGCUGGAGGCGUCCAAGAUCAAGAAGGCUGGGCAGGACGGGCGGUUCAGCUGGGAGUCAGAGCACAAGAUCGUCUACCACGUCUGCGAUGCGCCGGCGCACGGGGAGGAGAUGCACGACAUGCUCAAGCUCUUCGGGACCCCUUGGGACAACUUCUACAAGCGCGUGCCUGAGGGUCGGCGCCCGCCGCUGGAGGAGGCCAAGGACGCCCUGCGCAGCCUGCGCACCAUCGGCGUGGAGAAGUACUUCUUCACGCAGCUCCGCGCGGAGAAGUUCACCGCGAAGAUGGCGGGCGUCCUGCAGGGCAUCGCCAAGGUGCUGGAAGCGGAGGUGCCUCUCGCUGACAACGACCCCUGCGGCGACAGCUGGUUCAUCGUGGACGAAGUCAAGCUCGAGAGUGACGAGGAAGCGAAGAACCCGUCGCCGCAGCGGCUCGCGUCUUUGAUCGGCAAGCUCGUUGGCGCGACGAUGUCCGUCGUCAGCGCUUCGGUCUCGAGCGCGACGACGCGCCGCCUGAUGAAGUUCAAGCACAAGAAGUACGACGGGGUCGACGUCGCCGUCGCGAGAACCAUGGGGACGCUCGCAACUGUUCCCGAGAGCGAUGGCUCCACCGAGGGUGACGACGGACCCACCGACAGCGAAGGCGUGGGUGGGGACGUCAGCUCGCAUGGCGACACUCCGAAGGAAGGUGAGUCUGCGAGUCCGAAGGAGUUCGAUUGGGGUCACGAUCCUCAGCAAGACAAGGCGUGGAAAGCGAAGAAAAAAGAGCUUGCGCAGAAGUUCAACGCCCUCAAGACGCGCCAAAAGGUCCACGUGUCCGUCGCGAGGCAGUUCGAGCGCAUGGUGAAGGGUGACGAUGAGGACUGCCUCCUCAACAUGAUUCAAGACGGCCAGCUGAGCUUCAUGGACAAUUCGGGGAUCGAGGACGCAGCCGACUUCGAACGAACGUACAAGAUCAGGGAGAACCCGUUCGCGUUCGGGAGCUUCAAGGCAGCCUUCCUCGCGCAGGAGCAGUUGAUGCCCGGCGCGAGAGUGGCGCGGUUCGACCCCAUGGGGAACAAAGAGAUCCUGUCCACCUCCGCCCACAAUAAGAAGCCCCUGAUCGUCCUCAAGGAGUACCAGACGGUCGGCGCCGGGGAGAACUCCGCCAGGCGCUACAAGCAGGAGCUGGGUGCCGCGGCUGCCGCCCGCGCCCUGGCCAUUGACUUCAACAGGGUUCUCGCGGAGGCGCAGCCCGGCGUCAAGCACAAGACGCUGAGCUUCAUGCAGCCAUCGUUCGUCUUCUUCCAGAAGAAGCUGUCCAACGGCAGCGCGCAGCAGAUCUUCAUGCUGCAGGAGCCGCUCGUGGAGGGCAAGUUCAUCAAGUGGUCCUCCAACGCCGGGUACAUCAACACCGCCGAAUGGGACGCCAUCGCGCACGCCUUCACCCACUGGACGUACCACUACACCGACCACGAGCUGAUGGUGACGGACAUCCAGGGCGUGCGCAUCGGCAAGGGCAAGGCGCUGGUGCUGACGGACCCGGCCAUCCACUGCAAGUCGCACCCGGACCUGUACUCCGCGGACGCCGCGCAGUUCGGUCUCGCGGGGAUGAAGGCGUUCUUCCAGAGCCACACGUGCAACGAGCUGUGCAAGGCGCUGGAGCUGCCGGACGCGGAGGAGGAGCUGGACGACAUCACGUACGAGCUCGACAUGGACUGCUUCGAGCACGAGACCGGCGUCAGGCUCGACGGAGACCAGGCAGACGGUGGGCCGGGCGAGGCGGAGUCGAGCGCGCACGUGCAGUGA